CGGCGCCAGAUGGAGGGAAGGAGGAAGUGAGGGCAGGAGAGGAGUCAGUGUGGAGUGCCAUGGUGCCACGCUAGGCAGGUAGACACGCGUGCCACCCUUAGCUUGGUGCCACGAGACCCUGGCGAGAGAGGAAGGACAUCAUACACAACGAAGGAGAGGGAGAGAAAGAAAACGGCGUGGUAAGAGGGGAACUGAAGGAGAUCAUAGAAGAGGAAGAGAGGAUCAACUCCCACUAAAACCGUAACCAUGGCGGAGGACCCUUACCAUGUAGACGUGAUGUACGACUGGUUCAAGUACAGUAUGACCAAGGCGCCCCCUCACAUCAUAGAUCAGAAGGAAUCGAGGAAGUGGAAUAUUGAAUACGUGGAACCCUAUGGCAGGUGCACCAUCGCCACGCGGGACAUCGCUGAGGGGGAGGUCAUCUUCGUGGACCACCCCAUCGUGACGGGGCCCAAGCAGACCACGGACCUCAUCUGCCUCAGCUGCUACAGACAACUCGACUCCUGGGACGCCUGCCAAUGCUCCAAGUGUGGGUGGCCGCUGUGCUCCAAGGAGUGCGAGACGCGAGGCCACCACCCCCUCGAAUGCCGUGUGUUCGCGGCGGCGGGGUACAAGCCGAAGAAGAGCGACUUUAGCGAGGAUAUAUUCAUGUACGAGUUUAUGCUGCCUCUCAGAUGUUUUUGCCUGAGCUCGACGGACCCCAAGAAGUGGGCGACGAUGAUGGCCAUGGAGAGCCACAAUGACCUGAGGCGCGGCACGGAGCUUUGGGAGAGGGAGCAGUUAAACGUUGUGGACUACCUUCGCGGCAAACUGAAGCUGAAGGCAGACGAAGAACUCCUACACUCCAUCACCGGGAUUCUGGACGUCAACUGUCAUGAAGUUCGCAGCAACAUACCUGGCACCAAGGAGCAGUACUUCAUCCGCGGCGUGUACCCCCUCUGCGCCAUGAUGUCCCACUUCUGCCGCAACAACACGCACCACACGCUGAUGGACGACAUGACCAUGGUGGUGAUCGCCUCCACGCCCAUCAAGAAGGGCGAGCAGAUCACAGCCACCUACACACACAUACUCUCCGCCACCACCGAGCGCCGCAAACACCUCCGCUACGGGAAGUUCUUCGACUGUGCGUGUGCCCGGUGCAGCGACCCCACCGAGCUCGGGACUUACUUCGGGGCCCUCAAGUGCUCGCAGCCCGGAUGUGGCGGCUCCAUCCUGUGCACCGACCCGCUGAUCCCCACCAACGAUGCUCCCUGGGCGUGCGACAGGUGCAAAUAUCAGGUGGCCUCGGUGACGGUGGAGCGGCUCAACAAGAUGGUGUACUGGGAGCUGCGGGAGGCGGGCGAGGAGGACCCGGCCAAGAUUGAGGCGCUGAUCCGGAAGUACCAGUAUGUGCUGCACCCCCAACACUUCCAUAUGGUGGGGAUGAAGCACACGCUGUCCCAGAUGUACGGUCGGCUGCCGGAGUACUCGCUGGGGGCCCUGACGGAGGCGCAGCGCAGGCGGAAGGUGGAAUGCUGCCGGGACCUCCUGCGGGUGCUGGAGGUGAUAGACCCGGGGAUAUCCAGGCUGAGAGGCCUCACUCUGUAUGAGCUCCACGCGCCCUUGCUGCUGGAGGCCAACCAAGCCUUCCAGCGCACCAGCAUCACGCGGCGGGAGUUCCUGACGAAGCUGCGUCAGGCGGAGGAACACCUGGACCGCACGGUGUACUGCCUCAAGCACGAGCCGCUGUCUUCGGCCGAGGGGGAGGUGUGCAAGAUCGCCCGCAACUCACUGGUGGAGCUCCGCAAAUGGAUAAACACAGUCACCACCCUCCCGGACUCCUACUUCCUGCCCGAGGAGGUGGAGAAGGUCACGGCCGCCUCGCUCAUCCGCUCCGACGAAGACCUCACCCUCGAGUCCCUCCUUAGGUCCCUCGAAGAGCAGUGAGGGCGAGGGGGAGGGAGGAGAAAGUGAGGUUUGAGGGUGAGGUUGUGGUAUGUUCGGGGUGGAAGAAGAGGAGAAGGAGGAAGAAGGAGAUGAUGAUGAUGAUGGAGACGAAGAAUAUGAAGAUGAAGAAGAAAAAGAAGAUAAAGAAGAUGAAGAACAGGAACAAGAACGAGGAGAACAAGAAAGAAGAUAACAGGAGCAAGAACAAGACAAUAAGAACAAGAACAAGAAUAAUAUGAAGAUUAAGAAUAUGAUCAUGAAGAAGAAGGACAAAGAAAAAAGAUGAAAAAGAAGAAAGAAAAGAUGAAGAAGAAAAAGAAAAAGAAGAAGAAGAAGAAGAAAAAGAAAAAGAAAAAGAAAAAGAAAAAGAAGAAG